CUCUAUAUGUCAGGGCGCCGAAAAUUCAGAAACGUCAAUAAAAUUAUUCGCUUUUUCAGCUGGGAACUUUUAUUUUAGUUGUGUGACAAAAACUUGUCGAAUUAUUGAACACUCGAGUUCUGUUCUAGCUUCAAAUUUGUUCAUUAAUUAUAAAGUGAAGAAAAAGUAAAAAAAAAAACGAACGGAGACAAAGCGAAGGAGGACAAAAAGGAAUUAAAUCGGCGCGUUCAGCGCCAUUCUGAAUUUUCUUUUUUAUGGUAAAAAAGUCUCGUUUAUGCAGAUUGCAGUGCAUAUCUAGCUGAGAUUUUACUAAAUUUACUUCUUAUUUUGAUUUUGGGUCAAAUUGCAAUGGAAAAGGAGGAGAUCCUGAAACACGUGGGCAAGGUGGUCAGGGCUCUGAUCACUUCCGCAAAACCGCCGGUCGAAUUGCGGUCCGUCGUGAGGGAUUACGCGGCCAUUGAGGGCGAGCAGAUCCCCUUUCGGAAAUUGGGGUAUAUGAGCCUCCAGCAAAUGCUCCAGGAUACACAUGAGUUCAACUUUCAGAACUAUGGCAAUGAGAUCUUCAUCACCGCUAAAUAUAACGCCAAAACAGAGCACAUCGCGUCUAUGGUGCGCCAGCAGAAGACUAGCAAGUCUAGAUCAAUAACGAAACUAACGCCAGCUGCCCAAAGAGCAAGCUGUCAAAAGGCCGCCCACGGCUACCACUCCUACAACAACAACAACUACCAGCAAUAUCAGGCUCACCAGCAGCAGCAGCGCUAUUAUCAACAGCAGCAGUAUUGGCAUCAAGCACCACAGGUGUACCGGCAACCAGCUCCUCAGCAGUUCCAUCCUCCGCCGCAAGUGCAGGAUCGUUGGGAUAACAGACGGUACUGUGAUAAGCAGCAGCAAGAAGAGCAGCAGCGCCGGAUUAAGGAACAGGAGAAGCGGGAUCGAGAUCUAAAGGAACAACAACUGAGGGCGAAGGAAAAGCUAGAGCAAGAUCUAAAGGAACAAGAGCUUAAGGCGAAGGCCAAGCGAGAGAAAGAUCUAAGAGAACAAGAGCUGAAGGCAAGGGCCAAGCGAGACCAAGAUCUAAAGGUCUCCAUUGAACAAGAACUGAAAGCUAAGCUCAACAGGGAACUGCAGGCCAAGCUUAACACAGAACUGCAGACCAAGCUCGAUACGGAACUGCAGGCCAGACUCAAAAAGGAGCAGACCAGGUUUGAAGAAGAAUUCCAGGUGCGGCUUGAAGAACAGCUGCUUGUGUUUAAGAAGCAGCAGGAGCACGAACUCAAAAAGCGAACGGAUGAUUUUGAAAAACUGAGGAGGGAUUACCAGAGACAAAAAGAGGAGGAAGAACGAAAGGAAUUUAAGAGCAAGGAACAGGAGCACAAGGAACAGGAGUCCAAGGAGCGCAAAGAUAAAGAAGAAAGGUACGAACAGCCGGUGGCCAUGCGAGCUGCAAAGUUGGAGCACGAGAACAUCCUAGUAACGAUUGCAAACGACAAGGCACCCGCCAUGAAUGGUCACGGUCAGAACCAUGUCAGUUCCAACGGACAGGGAAAAUUCAAUGGAGGCAAACCGCCACUACGUGCUAUCCUGGGCAAUAGUGCUCCGCAGCGCCAACAAGUUCCAAGUAGCGUUUUCAAAACCCCUGAAUCUAGCUACAAUCGGUCCUUCCAUCCGCGAGUGACCCACCCCGGAAUGGUGCGCUCCACGGGCAGCUCAGUUAAUCAUAGACUAAAAGUGAAGCCGCCAUCGGAUGCUCCUACGCCAGCGGGAACGCCCAUCACUCCGCCCGCUUCGCCCGAGAACGCGCAAACAAAAUCCGCUGCCAAAACCACGCCCAAGGAUGAUGUGCUAAGAGUACAUGGCAGCCAGACCAAAGCAGGAAAUUCCAAUUCCACGCCGAAACCAAAGGUGGCCAUCAAAAGUGAUGCUUCCUUUGAUGCAGUCUCCUCGCUGAACAUAUACUGCGAGGCAAAUGGGUUCGAGAAACCAACAUAUAACAUAUUUAACAAGCCGCCGCACCUGCACUGUUCAGUGCGGAUCGAUGGCACUGUGUACAGCAGCUAUCCGAAGGAGUUCACUGAUGAGGAGACGGCCUACCAGUGCACAGCCCAGAUCGCCAUUCAGCGCAUCCAGCACGCCGAGUCGCACCAAAAGCUAUCCGUUUGCACACUUGGCAAUGAGGAGUUCAUAGACGGAUUGUACAAGGAACUGUUGAAGUAUCCGCAUGGCAUAUUGGGCCAUAAGUUGGAAGACUGGUAUGGCAGCACCUUCCGGCAACACCUGCCCAGCCAUUGGUACGAUCUGAUCAUCGAGUCGAGCAAAAUUCGCGUAGAGCACGGCAUUGAUCCGAGGAUCAUACUGUUUGCCAACGAUCCUGGAUCUCCGGAACCGAAUCGCAUUAGCACAAGCAGCGUAUUACCGCAACUGAUGUUGCCCUGGCAAUUAAAUGAGAGUGGAUCGCACGACUGGAACAUGUUUAUCAGCCACUGCGACUCCACCAAGCGGGUGUGGGCUCGGCUGAUCGAUCACAUAGCCAGCUUUGAGGAGCUGACGAAGCACAUGGGUCGACAAAUGGCGGUACCACUAUUCCGGCAGAAGGUUUCCAAACCUUACGUAGAGGAAAUUUAUCUGGUUGAGAUCCCCGAUGGCUGGAACCGUGUCCGGGUGAUCUCUGUAGAUGAGGAGCAGCGAUCGUGUCGUUGUCACUUUGUGGACUUUGGCGAUGUGGCUCUGUUCGAGUUCGAGGAUCUGUUCCACUGCCCGCCGCAAUUCCUGGUACUACCGCCCCAGGCCGUGUGCCUGAGUAUGUACGCGUUGGACAAGUUCGAGGAUCAUCCGCACGCCCAGCCGGUGUUAAGAAAGGAGCUGGAUGGCCAGUCGGUUGUGGCCCAUGUUCUCACCACCGAAAAGCAGUUCCUCGAACUGGGCGGAGCCGCCCAGGGAGUGGUGGAGAAGGGCAAGCGACGGGCAUGCUUGGUGGCCACAUUGUACGACACCUCCACGGCCGAGGACAUCCAUUUGAACGAUCUGGUUGCCGGCAGGAUCACCAAGUGUACACCAGCACCAACGCUUAGUGACGAGAAGAAGAUUGGAAAGACCACUCCGGUUCUUGUGUCCGACAUCAACGAGGAUGGCGAUCUGAUGGUGCUGCUCCGCAACGAUGACCUGAAGUUUGUGGAGCGCAGCAUUGCCCAAACAGUGGCUGAUCUGGGCGAACAGGACCGAGUGAACUAUUCUGACCUUCUCCACGAUCGCCAUGUCUUCGUGUGUGAUGAGUCUGUCGAAGGCGUAAAGCAGUGGUUCCGCGGGCGACUGGUGACCAGACCACAGAAUCCGGAGGAGGAAACCUUCGACGUAUACUACGUGGACGACGGGCGGCAGCGCAAGACGCACAUCUCCAACAUUUACCGACUGGAGGCCAACAACAGAGCGCUGGCCACGUUCCCACCACAAGCACUGCCCGUUCGCCUGCAUGACGUUCCCGAGAUCGCGGGUCAGAUGCUGGGACGUCUUCGCGGACUGAUGCCUUCACGCAGCGAGGCCUUGGUCAAGGUUGUGGCCAAGGAUGGCGCAAAGCCAUUGGUCAACGUGUUUAUUCGCGGUCAGGAUCCGGAGUCUAUGUACAUGUGCGUGAACAUCGGUCUUCGCAUGGAGUUUGAGAUGGCAAGCUCCAUACGUCCGGAGAAGUGCGAUGACCUGCCCCUGAGUUCCAAAGUCCAGCUUCCCAGACGCAGUAGCUUCAGCUCUGUGGUCUCCAGCCAGAGCAGCAGCAGCGACCUUGUCACUCCGCCGGUCACACCACAAAAGGAGGCAUCCACAAGAUUAGGAACUACCACCUUCUCGUCGUUCCUGCUCAAGGACUAUGAGGCCAUUCCAGCAGUGGGCGCCUACUUCGAGGUGCGCGUUGUCCUCUCGGUCAAUCCCGGUCACUUUGCAGUUCAACCCUAUAAGUUCUACAACCAGCUGCAGACUUUGAUGAAGAACCUGCAGGAGCACUGCAAAGGACCCUCAGCCAAGGGAGUCCAGCCAUCCCAACUGGCCAUCGGAGAAGCCUAUGCAGCCCCCGACAGCGAUGGCGUCUAUCAUCGCGUAAAUAUUCGCAAGAUUUACGAUGAGAUUAUACACGUUCGCUUCGUGGAUGUGGGCGACGACGGAGUGGUUGCAUGUGAUCAACUAAAAACACUGCAGCCGGAUUUAAGGAAGCUGCCCAAAAUGGCACUGCCAGCCCAAUUAUAUGGCAUUCAACUAGCAGACGUGGUCUGGAGCAAGGAUAACUGUGUCCGAUUCCGCGAGCUGACGCUGGGUCAGAAGUUCAUCGGGAUUGUGCGGGGCCUACACAAACAGAAGGACGAAACGCGGGCACUCUGCUUGGAACUGGUGGACACCUCCACGCCGAAGGAUAUUAAGCUGCACGAGAUUCUCAUCAGCGAGAAGCACGCACAGCCGGAAACGAAGGAAGUCUGAGUCGGGAGUCAAUAGACAAACCACUUGACAUUGUUUAUGUUUAUGUUUGCUUAAUCAUAGUCUUAGGAUUAGGGACAUGUAACUUAUUACGACGACACAUUCCGCCAAAAGGAAGCGAUUAUAGCCAAUAAACCAUGGAUUUUGCUAUCGAGA